AUGUCGAGUUGGUUUCACAGGACAUUUCUUGCCGAUAGGCCGGCAGGCUCAAGGUUAGCCAAUUUAGAGACUAGUUUUUCGCCUCAAGUUAGCAUAAGAAAGUUGAAGAACUACCAGCCAACGGUUAGUGAGAUUUGUCAUUACGGGUUUUUAGGGAGCAUUCUAUUUUUCACUUUCAUUGUCAAUCCAGCAGCAUGGAUUUACAAGAUAUUGGCGUAUUCGCUAUUGAUACUGCUUUGUAUCGUUCCGGCUACAGGCCAGUUCUUUUUCAAUGCGCUCCCAGUGUUGACAUGGUUGGCUCUAUAUUUCACAUCAUCGUCGUUUGAUGCGACAUACAGACCUCCUAUCACGGUGAAGGUUUUGCCAGCUAUCGAGACGAUAUUAUACGGUGAUAACUUGAGUGAUAUCCUUGCGACGUCUAUAAAUAAGCCGUUGGACAUUAUUGCAUGGCUACCAUACGGUAUUUUCCAUUUCGGGGCGCCAUUUGUAGUUGCAGCGAUUAUUUUCCUCUGCGGGCCUCCAACUAUAUUGAGAGGCUAUGCGUUUGCAUUUGGUUACAUGAACCUCUUUGGGGUUAUCACACAAAACGUCUUCCCAGCAGCUCCACCAUGGUACAAGAUUCUACACGGAUUGGCACCAGCUCACUAUGGCAUGCACGGAUCCCCAGGUGGCUUGGGCAGAAUCGACGAGUACUUUGGAAUUAACCUAUACACUUCCGGGUUCAGUAAUUCUGCUGUCAUUUUCGGUGCGUUCCCCUCGUUGCAUUCUGGAUGUGCUACCAUGGAGGCCCUAUUCUUCUCUUACGUUUUCCCCAAGUUGACUCCAUUAUUUGUGUUUUACGUUUGUUGGCUAUGGUGGUCUACGAUGUACUUGACGCAUCACUACUUUGUGGAUUUGAUGGCAGGUUCAGUGCUUUCAUUCGUCAUUUUCCAAUAUACAAAAUACUUCAUUCUACCGCUGCCCGAAAAGGGUGUGUACUCCAGAUGGUCGUAUGCAGAAAUUACAAAAUUCAACAUCUGGCAAUCGGACCCAUUAUACGGUGCUCGUGCAGAUGUAGAAAACGUUCCAUUAUCUGUGUUGGAAACAGAUUUUGAGCUAAACUCGAUGGAAAACUCUAAUUCUCCAUCUAUUUUUGACGAAACAUCAACAAGAUCAGCAUCUCGUUCAUCUAUUACAUCAGCAGAUAAUUUUGAAAAUGACCUACCAUUGAGAGCUUCAACGGCAAAGCCCAAUAAACAAAGAAUUGAUUGA